AUGUCAGAAGCACUUCAUUCCUGGCUAUCGUCCUAUCUCAUUGAUAUUGGGGAAGAAUAUGGGGGCUCACUGACUAGUGUUCCACAGCAUACGAAGAGGAAGAAAGUUCAGCUCGUGGAGUACUUGACACGUGGUGAAGGUGACGACAGAAUAUGGGUCAAGGUCUCUGACAGGCAGCAUCGAAUGCCUGUUUGCUUAACAAAGCUUGCACUGGAGGAGUUCGGUAGGCUGAACCAAAGUCGUUUGACUAGUCACAAGACGGCUCUCAUAACUAUCAAGGAUUUCCGAUUGGUCCUUACGCGAAUACCUGUUGGAAGAGGUCGAAAGGGCAUGACGGCAGAGCCGUACCUUGCGUUCGAGUGUGACUCCUUCACAAUUAUUGGGAGCAUUGAUGAGGCCGAAUGGGGAAGGCCGAAAGAGAUCCAUGAGGAACGCUCGAUACAUGAGUGGAUCGAGGGUUUACGAUCACACGGCGGAGCUGGGAAUGUCCUGAAAGAGCGCAAGAAAGCAAGGGAAGAACGGGAAACUGUGAAAGAAACCAAUCAACCUCUGCUCCUGCAACAGGCCAAAAUCAAUGUAACAAAGCAAACUGCAAGAAAGACAGCUCCUCUGAUUCAAAGGUCAUCGACCGGUGAUGCCGAUGCAUCCCCGAUGUCAGAAUAUCGCAGAAGCUGGAAGUACAUAGAAAAUAGGAUUGCCGACAUUGUUACCCGCCAUAUACCGUCUUCAGAAGGGAGUGAAUCGACUUCUUCGGAAGAGCCGCCGCAGCCCUUCGCAAGUAGAAAUCCAAAUCCCCUUAAAGCAGCUCUCCAGAGCCCCAGAAUAUCUGCUGCUUCUCCCGUGGUCAAAGCUUCACCCGUCGAACGCCAUGAUCACGUCUCGCCUUUCAGUUCGCCACUUACUGAAUGGUCGUCUACUCCGUCCCCUCGACUGAAGAGUAGGUCAAUCGCCUCCGGAAGUCCCAGUCCCAGUCCCAACCGUGAUUUGGAUGACAAAAUUACAACCGUAGAAAGCGAGGCUGAGCAGCGAGAGCCUCUCCGUAUCUCCUCAUUGCCAUCAUCUCCUGCCAUCAUUCCAGCAACGUAUCCGUCGUCCUCAGCGGCAGCCCCUCUUGUAUCAAUACAUCCUGCAAUAACGCGCAAAGUACCAAGACCAAUGCAUGUACUCCGCACCACCGGCGACCAUAUCGUCGCGCCCGAUUCUGAUAUAUCCUAUUCACUAUCUCAGUCCCAGUCACAAUCCCAGUCGCAAUCCCAACCGCGAUCCCAACGUCGACCACGAGGCAUGUAUCUACACAAGUCUUCCUCGCAAAUCUCAAUAAGCCACGAAGUACCACUUGAUGACAACGAGGCCGAGGAAGCAGACAGCAACAACGAAUCGCAUAAUUCCCUCUUCUCUGAUUCAGGUUCAGAUGUUGACAUGGAUGAACAACGCGACGAGGCGGAUCCGCCACAAUUUCAUGCAGCGUCUACAAGCCUAACGGAAGAUGACAGUGCAGACGCUGGAGUCCCCCCUCUGCCACCCAGUAGCCAACUAGUAGGCGCAGCCGUUGAUGUCGAUGAUAAACCGACGGAACCUCCGCUCCCAUCGCCACCGCCGCCCAUCGUGUCUCCCCCAGCGCCCGUAGCUAUGGAUGUCGACGAAGAGUCGCCGAUAAUCUUGGAAUACGCAGAUGAACCAAUACCCACACCACCGCCCAGUCCAAAACAACCGUCUGAACAACACCAGUUGCCAUCGACUCCGUUGAAGGUCAAUGAUAAAGCUAACCACCAGAAUGGCAACCAUGAUGUCGUUGAUCCUCUUCCGUCACUGCCAUCGAAGCACGAGCAUGACCCUAAGGAAUGGCUUGAACCGAGCUACAUGCGUUCAAAGAAACGCAAGUUAUCGGAGCAAACGUCUGCGACGCCCACUACCCUAGGGAAACCUUCGACAAGCGCAGCCCUCUUGCCUUCGACAUUACCUAAACACAGUGUAUCUGAAGCUGAAACACCCCCAGAGAAACCAAACACAAGACGCCGUCGAGAGACUGACGCGCGUCGCGACGUCGUGAAGAUCGAGGAAGCGACGCAGACAUUAGAGCCUUUGACCAAACUCAAAGGCUUUGAGCUUGACAUCCCAAAAGCCAUUAGAGCGGACGAACAAAGCAAGUGGUGCACUUGGGAACGCUUGCAUCGCAUUCUCCUAGUUACUGGAAGAAGUAGAUUACCGCAGUAA